AUGUCGGAGGACGAUUUUUCGUCUGUAGUGCCGGCGCAGCUAUCGUUUCUUGCCAUCUACAAUCCCUUACUCGGAACGACUGAUGAAACGAUCGAAGAGCAAAUUGUCUUCUACACCUCGAGGUCCAGCAUUUUGCGACGACAAGAUAGCUCUGCUGCGACUGACAAUAAAGAGCCUGGCGAUGACUUGAAUGAGAGGUUACGCCAGGUUGGCCUGGCGCAGGGCAUGGUAACCUUCGCAAGGAAUUUCUCAGAAAACAAAGCUGUCGAUUACGUGGAGACAGAGAAGACACAAACAGUGUUGCACGAAUUAGAGAAGGAUUGGUGGAUUCUAGCUUCUGUCGACCUGACCCGACUGCCGAAUCCUAAUAAUAAAUUCGCUUCGCAAAGAGACGCCUCUGGAGCCCUUUUUCACUACUCGUCCAGGGAAACGGCUCCUCCGCAACUCCUGAUCCAACAACUGCGUCGGGCACAUUCAACCUUUCUCCUUCACCAUGGACCGAGUCUUCAUAUUCUAUACGAAAAUGUUGGCAGGACCACGUUUUGCCAUCUCCUCGAGGAUUUUUGGUUGAGAUUUGCAUGGAACUGGGAUAUUCUCCUUAGUGGAAAUCCAGCUGUCGAGAUCUACAAUGGCAUAAAGCUCGCCGUCGGCGGUGAACUUGGUAUUGGGGUCGGUGAAGAGGAGUGGGGAAGCGGAGAACGAGAAGUACUUGAGGACUUUGUUUCGAGGACAGAAGGUCUCGUAGAUCUUGUGGUGUCGCGAUACGGUGAUCCGUACGACCGCGCCGGGAGCUCUCAAGCAGCGAGCAUGUCAGAGAACGAUGCUGAAUACGGAUGGCUUGGCUCGGAUGUUUAUCCACGACCGUCGGACGGUGUCAUAUUCUCAGGUGUUGGGGCUGUCUCAAAAAGCUCACUUGUAUCCAUAUCUCAGUGGAUGGAGUGGAUAUACAGAUAUGGUGCAAAUGCCUAUGGAGUCGGUGAGGAUCCUACAUCCCCGCGUCGGCGAAGACGGAGGAAAAGAGUGCGAGCUGCGUCUUCUGGGAAGGCCACAAGCAAUCAAGCACCCUUCAAUGCUGCGCAGGGAGCUGUCCCAGAUCGUUCAUUUUCCCCAGGUAUUCCCCCGCCGCUUGUUGGGGGCACGCCCCCACCUCGACCGUCUUCACAAGAACCUAAAAAAGGUGCGAAGACACAAGCAAGUGAUGGAAGCUCUCAAUUAUCGGAAGAUAAAGAAAGUGAUUGGAUAACAACAGGAACAGAAACAUUCGUGAGGUAUCUCACUCUUGGAUAUGGCUCGUCAUGGACUCUGCCCGGGAUAUCCAGUGGGGCAUCUAGCCCGCCGCAAAUUGACGAUUCUAAGAGAAACAAUGCCAGUGAAUCAGCUAAUAAAAAUGCUCAAAAAGACACGAAGGAGCUCCCAAGCCCAAAGGGUUUUCCGCGACCUGAUAAUUAUGGUAGGUUCAUUAUUGGGUUACAGGACGAGGUUACCAGCCUAGAUGAAGGCCUGGAGGAGCGAGCCCUAUCAAAACCCUCUGCUAGCCCGACUGAAAAGAUCACCAAGAGAACAAUACACGUGCAGAUGGCAGAUUCGCAGAAAGAAACAGUCAAAAGUCUCAUAGUUCAGACUCGGUACCACUUCAGGUCGUCGUAUACGUACACGACAUCAACUCUCUCCGACCCCUCCAUCUACCACAGCAUACAUCAUCAGCUGGGUCCUCUCCAGAAACCACUCAGCGCCUCUACCUCGACAUCAACAGCAGAAACCCGUAUAAAUAGCUUACCGGAGUUCAACACCAAAUCCCAGAAACAAGCUAACCCGGUAUAUGACCUUGUCUUCGACCCACACAAUCUCUCCAUUCGCUCCUCCAUUCCCAAUAUCCCAGAUCUUACAUCACACAACCAACGCAAAGCUGGAACCUCGUCUCUAUCCCGAGUCGAAACGAUAAGCAUUCAUCACCGUGUCCUUACCACAUACAUAGAAACCCGGUCCCGCCCACUUGAGCUCGAACGGACGUGCAAGACAAGCCGCGGGUGGUGGAUUGUUUGGGUCCGCGUUCCCACUUCAGCAGAUAAUCAACAAGACUCGCCCGAGUAUAGUGCAGGCAAGGACAAACAACAGGAAGCCUUUAUAGUCCGCCGAGCAAGCGAUCACGCCGCCUUAUCAGGCCACACUCGGAAUGCCAGUAGUAUAGGUGGUGGGAGCGGCGCCCGGUUUUUUAGGGACCUGGGCGGGGCAUCGUCACCUGGAUCUUCGCAAACUGUGAGGAUGGAUAUAGCACCGGGCAAGCUAGUUGAGGGCUUGGGUCUUGACGCACGACGUUGUCGAGUACACGUGUCGGCCGAUGCUGGAGACGACCCACGGGCGUGCGGAAAGGAGAAUAGAUACGCGCCAGUUCAUUACCCCGAGUCCAAGUUGUGA